AUGGCCAUCCAAUCCCUGAGUCAGGAGCAGCGGCUCUUUCCCCCUCCCACCAUGCUCAGCCGACACGCAAACAUCGGCAGCAUGGAGCAAUACAACACGCUGGCGCAGCAAGCGCAAGACGAUGAAAAUGGUUUUUGGGCAGGCCAUGCCCAGCGCCUGCUGGCUUGGCAAACGCCUUUUACCCAGGUGCUCGAUGAAAGCAACAAGCCCUUUUACCGCUGGUUUGCCGAUGGCCGCUUAAACGCCAGCUAUAACUGCUUGGAUCGCCAUGUCGCCGCUGGCCACGGUGAUCACACAGCGAUUAUUUUUGAAAGCGAUGAUGGCUACGUCAGUUACUACAGCUAUGCCGAUUUGCUGGUGCAGGUUUCACAGUUUGCCAACGCCCUCAAAGCGCGGGGUAUUAAAAAAGGCGAUCGCGUGAUCAUCUACAUGCCCAUGUCCGUGCAAGGCGUAGUGGCUAUGCAGGCCUGCGCCCGCAUAGGGGCU